AUGGAUAAGACGGACACAGAAUUGAUUUGGGCGCUGCAAACCGGCGACAUGGAUGUAGUUGAAACCAAAAUGCAGACGAAAGAUGUCAACGAGAGUCUUUCCAGUGGCAGCAAGCCCAUCCAUCACGCUUGCGACUACGGCCAGACGUGUGUGUUGGAGUUCCUCAUCUCCAAAGGAGCAGACAUCAACGCGCCUGACAAACAUGGCUUUACUCCACUGUUAAUCGCCACUUUCGAAGAGCACUGCAACAUUGUCAAGGUCCUGCUUGAAAAGGGCGCCGACAAGGAUUGGAAGGGUCCGGACGGCAAGACUGCCUCGGAGGUGACCGAAAACGACGACAUCAAGGCAAUGCUCAAGUGA